AUGUCUGCAAUCGCAAACCGACCCUACCCGCCGCAGUCACAAUCGCCGCAUUCACAGCAGUAUUACGCUUCGCAGCCGCCAGUGUCGCCAGACUCGACGAGGCCCUCGCGAAAUGGGAUCAUCGCACCAACAACACCCCAGGCUCACAACUCUCCGCAAUCUGCAGCAGGUUUGACCCUGAACACCCCACGCGCCCAACCCGCAACCUCCUCCUCCCAACCAUCUUCCCAGAUGGCGACCGCCGCAGUCUCCAACGCCGGCGCGCCCAUGCCUCCGCCCCGGACUUCUUCGCACCGCAAUCAGGCCAGCCCCUCGACUCCCCGAACUGCACAAGACGCGUCUCAGUCACGCAGGAAAGGCAAGGACAGCCCGCAUCAGCAAGGGAGCGCUAGCAGAUCGCGGCCGACCCCCUCGCAACCGUCACACAGCCGCUCCGCGUCCGCUGUCGGCCAACCACCGGCUGGCACGAACCUGCCCCGUGAAGAAAGCACCGUCAUCAACAGGAUAGUCGUCGCAGAUCCUCAAGAAGACAUUGCCCGUGAACAGGCGAGGCAAGCAGAAGCAAUACCCGCGACAUCUGGACCAGGCAUUACGCCGAUAACCGGCCUCGGCCUGGUAGGCAGUGAAGGCGUCGAUGACGGAGGCAGAGGCGCGGGAAGGAGCCGCCAGGAUCAUUCCACCAGCUCGGCAAAGCGCUCUCGGUUCGGCAACUAUAUCCUUGGACAGACGCUCGGUGAGGGCGAAUUUGGCAAGGUCAAGAUGGGCUGGAAGAAAGACAGCAGCGUCGAAGUGGCUAUCAAGCUCAUAAGAAGAGAAACCCUGGGCGGCAAUGCAAACCGCUUGCAAAAGAUUUACCGUGAAAUUCACAUUCUUCGCGGCCUCGAACACCCGAAUAUUGUACGCCUGCACGAGAUGGUGGAGACGGAACGCCAUAUCGGCAUCAUAUUAGAGUAUGCGUCUGGUGGCGAGUUGUUCGACUACAUCCUCAAUCACAGAUAUCUCAAGGACAAUGCCGCGCGCAGAUUAUUCGCGCAACUCAUCUCGGGUGUCGGCUACCUGCAUAAGAGGGGCAUCGUUCACCGAGACUUGAAACUUGAAAAUUUGCUUCUCGAUCGCAACAGAAACAUCAUCAUUACAGAUUUCGGAUUCGCUAAUACUUUUGACCCUACCGAUGAGCUUAGCGAGGACAUUGAGUUCAACUUGAGUAACAAGGAUUAUAUCAAGGCAAUGGGACUAGAGGGUACUGAUGGAGCACGUCGGGGCGAUCUCAUGCAGACCAGUUGUGGUAGUCCUUGUUACGCAGCGCCUGAGCUGGUGGUUAGCGACUCUCUGUACACUGGUCGGAAAGUGGACGUGUGGAGUUGUGGUGUGAUUCUGUACGCCAUGCUCGCCGGUUACUUGCCCUUCGACGAUGACCCAGCCAACCCCGAGGGCGAUAAUAUCAAUCUCUUAUACAAGUACAUCGUGUCCACCCCACUCACCUUUCCCGAAUACGUCACACCGCAUGCUCGAGAUCUCUUGAAACGGAUCCUCGUACCCGAUCCAAGAAAACGAGCGGAUCUAUUCGAAGUUGCGAGACAUAGCUGGCUCAGCGACUACGCUCAUGUAGUCAGCUUCAUUACCUCGAGCACGACUACCUCCAAUGACGUGCAAAAAGCACCAACAGCAAACAAAGAUCCACUCGAUGCUCCCCCAGCACUCGCUAGAAGCGCUUCCGUGCGCGAACCAGGAAAGCCCCAUACAGCCGUCACGCCCGUUGGUGGUCUCACUGCCAAACGUGAUCAGAUCAACUCCCAACCGUCCGAUAAGACCAAAAAGGACAACAAACGCCGAACCGUGCAAGUCGAGUACGUGGCACCUCAGUCACAAACAGCUCGUGGGGAAGCGUCGCCGCCCACUGCUCCCGCGGCAUCGUCAAAGUCCCGCGUCAAAGACCCAGGACCCACCGAGGUUCCCGCAACAGAUGGCUAUAACGCUCGUCGAUCAACCACAACCAGCAACAUGGCCGCUCCAUCAAGGCCAGGGCGAGAACCACAAAGAUCGGUCUCAGACUAUACGGCGUUUGGUGCAGUGCCUGCAACAUCCACAGCGCGUCCUUCAACAGGCGGUACAUUGGGUGCAAACUCACGCUUGCCUUCAAGAGGAAACUCGUACAGCCAGCCUGCUACUGCUACCGUUGCUCAAACCAACGUAGAGGGCCGAUUUUCUCAGCCAAAGGGUAAACAAUAUUCUAUUUCGGGACCGAUUGCGCAGGGCGAUGCGGGAAUGGGACAGCCCAGUAUUGGACAACCCAGCGCGCAACGAGUGCAAUCACUACAAACAGAGCAUAAAGGACACAAGCGCUCGAACACGGUUAGUGAGACCCUGGGCAGGGUGACAUCGAUGUUCUCGAGCCGUCAGCCUUCCUAUUCGUCCUAUUCGCAAGAUCCCAAAGACUCGUCCAUCUCUCAAAACUCGAAUUAUGCGCAUGAGAACAGACCGCAGAAAUCAUAUCCUCCCACAGCCAUGCCUGGACCUAUUGCUAACGAAGCAUUUCCCCGACAGAGCAACGAGUCUAGCAGACGAACAUCGUUUGGCUUCUCACGUAAAACUACGAAUGACUCCCACAACACGGGCAAGUCGGGACGAAGGUUUUCCCUUUUACCGAGUUCAUUGUCGAAGACAUUUGGUUCGGGGCACAGAGAGAGUAUGCCGGCGCAGCCACACUCCGAGCGCCGCGGCUCUGCAGCUGCAACAGGGAGACCAAGAGCUGGUUCUCGUCCGAGCGGCUUGGCCUUCGGGCGUGGAAAUGACUCCCGGUCUCCUAGUCAGAGCACCACGGGAAGUAAUGUUCCAGGCUUCUACGAUGGAUCACACGACAGCAGGCGCGCGGUUCCUGCAUCCGCUCCACCCAAUCAAACACAGUUCGACUACGCUUCGCCCAUUGGCGACGACAAAUUCCCUGGUCCGAAGGAACAGCACCCUUCUGCGAACAGACCGUAUCGCCAUCACACAAAUGACUCAGAGGCGAGCGAGGGCGUUCCGCGGGGUCAGCAUAGGCCACAAUAUCCGCCUGGCAUGGGUAGCGAUGGCCCCGAAGAAAGGCAGAGGAAAGGGGUGCUACAGAAGAGUAGGAAGUUCGCGGAUGCAUAUGAUGAGAGUGCGGGUAACAAGGGAUCGAGUGGUAGCUCGAAGAGAGUGAUGGACUUCUUUCGAAGAAUGGGCCGGCAGAGAGGAAAGGAGGACCGGUGA